UCAAUAUGGCCCCCUCCUACAGGGUGUGAGAGGAAAGGCAGCUGACAAAGGGAAGAAAUGUAUCCAUAAGAGACUGCAGCAGUUCACAUCUCAACGCCUGCCUCCAAAUUACAUGGGACUUAUGUGACACCCCCAGGAAGAGAGAGAUAUCUUCCCAUGGAGAAGAACUGACAGAAGACAGCCAUCAUUGUUGCAGACCAUCUGUUCAGAUCGACUCCCUCCCUCCAUCCGGCAGCCAUGCAAGUCAACCCCGUCUUCGUGGAGUCGGCCGUGGUCCUGGCAGUGGUACUGUGUGUCCACAUGGCAGUCUGGAACCAGCACUCCUGGUGCAGCAUAGCCCUCUUCAUCCAGGCUUUCUACGUCCAGCACAAAUGGGACCGUCUGCUCCGGUCGGGUGGCGCCGUGUUCCAGUUUCGUCCUUCGUCAAACAGCGGCAUCGUUCCAGCCUCCAUGGUGAUGCCUUUAUUGGGCCUGGUGUUGAGAGAAAAGUGCUCUGCCUCAGGGAAUGUCUACUUUGAGCGCUUCUCCAUGGUGGUCACGAUCACAGGCAUGAUGCUGGCCCUGUUCCUCUCUCUCAUCGCGCUGGGCAUCACGAGACCCGUACCUACCAACAGCUGCGUGAUUGCAGGACUGGCCGGCAGUGCAAUCCUCUACACAACCAAGCAGACGCUGACCGUGUCUGAGGUCAUCGAGGUCCUAGAGGUCCUGUUGAUCUUCGUUUAUCUCAGCCUGAUUGUUCUUUACUUGUUGCCACGCUGCUUCACACCCGGAGAGGCCCUCCUCAUCGUCGGUGGCAUCAGUUUUAUCGUGAAUCAGCUCAUCAAGCGCUCUCUGAACCUGGCAGAGGUCAAAGGCGAUCCAGUGAACUAUUUCCUGCCAGUUGUGGUCGUGGGCUCGCUGCUGCUGGGGGUUUUCUUUGCCCUCCUCUUUUGCUUCAUGGAGUCUGAGACUUGGGUGUCCUCACUCUUCUUUCACAUGAUGACAGCCGUUCUGGUCCUAGGGAUCCUGAUGCCAUGGCUGUCCUUGUUCAUCGGUCGCCACCCCAUCAUGUGGCUGUUGGAUUUUGUCACUUUAAACGACAGAAGACUCUGUUUGCUGGGAUACUGGGUGUUUCUGGCGGCGGUGGCGAACAGUGUCGUGUUGCAUCAGAACUAUCAGCGGCAGUCCGGGUCCAAGAAGUACCAGGCUUCAACUAUUGUCAGGAAGUACUUCCACCUGAUCGUGGUGGCCACGUACGUCCCCGGGCUGAUAUACGACAGGCAGCUGCUGCACGUGGCGUCUGUUGGCUGCUUGGCGGCUUUUUUGUUCCUGGAGUAUGUGCGUUACUUCCGAAUCCGGCCCUUCGGUCAGCUGCUCAGGCAGCUGCUCACCUUGUUCCUGGAUGAGCGAGACUCUGGGCCACUCAUCCUCACCCAUAUCUACCUGCUGCUGGGCAUGUCUUUACCAAUUUGGCUGUUUCCUGGACCAUGUGCCCCCAAAGGGAUACUUGGCGGGGCAGGCGGCCUGGUGCCCUAUGCAGGUGUGCUGGCUGUGGGAGUUGGAGAUACUGUGGCGUCCGUGUUUGGGAGCACCAUGGGGGAGAUCCGUUGGCCCGGCACAAAGAAAACCGUGGAGGGGACUGCAACAUCUGUAUUUGCGCAGCUCAUUGCUGUGGCCAUGUUCCUCAUCUUUGAUGGAAGCAUCAACCUGAACUCCACCUACUCAUGGAUAGUUGGCUCCAUCACUCUGGUGGCCAUGCUGGAAGCCUACACCUCCCAAAUAGACAACCUCCUGCUCCCUCUCUACCUCUUCAUCUUGCUGCUGCUUUGAAUGAUGAAUGGCACAAACACCUCCCUUAUUUUUGCUCUUUAAUCAGCCCUUUUUUUUUUGUAGAAGAAGCAAAAAUGUGAAGUAAUGUCUAAAAAAAAAUAAUGGUGCCCUUUAAGAGUGAGGGCGUAGUGGCAGAAAAGCCGAUUUUAAAGCCAACAGUUGAAAGCAAUGUGUCACAAAAAAUAAAUGAAUAAAUCUGCUUUUACUGGACAGCAAUCAUAAUUAUUAGUGUGUUGUCGCUAGGGUUGCAAAGGGGUGGAAAAUUUCCGGUAAAUUUCCGGAAACUUUCCGGAAACUUUCCAUGGGAAGUUAAGCUGGGGAAUUUUGGAAAUAUUCCAAAUUGGAAACUUUCCAUGGGAAUUAUGGGAAUUAUGGGAAUUUAUGGGAAUUAACUGGAAAUUGGGGGUAAUUUAAACAAACUGUAUCAUAUCCAAACAUUAGCACCUAACUUACCAGCUAGCUAGCUACUGUGUUAAUACAUUUUUAUUUUUUUUAUUAUCAAAACUUACUUGACUUUAUAUAGUCCGUGGGCUCAAAUGUGUGGCUUCAAUAGUCUUGUGCUUUGAGCUCAAAUGUGUGGCCUCCAGGCUUCAAGAAAUCACCUGUGCAUGUGAUGGAGGAAUGCACAGUGCAUGUAGGGGGGGUGGCCUCAAUAGCCCUGCAGUAAGCAAUGUGCUGUGUGCAUGUGAUUGAGGAGUGUACUUGCAUUAAAUCUGGUUGUUUUAGCCAAGACUAUGCUACAAUAUAUUUCCCCCAACUAUAUUUAAGUUCCCUGUUAAGGGCCAACCUUCAAUUCUGUAAAUUUCUUAUUUAUUCCCGUUAAUUCCCAUAUAUUCCCGUUAAUUCCCAUGGAAAGUUUCCAACUUUGAAAAUUCCCGGAAUUUUGCAACCCUAGUUGUCGCCAAUUGGGCUUCUGUUGCAGGCAGAAAUUUUAAGUGCAAGUUGUUGAGAAAUGCAAGAAGGGGGUUGCUAUAUAGCUUUUCCGUCCUGACCCCAAGGUACUCCACCGCCGACACCAGCAACUUCUAAAUUAUGCAACAGGAGAUUCAGUUUAAAAAUGUGGAAAAUAUACUUGAAACACAUGCAGAGCUCUGGAGUUCUGAGCGCCACAUUUUGAUCAACACUGGGGUUUUUUUUUAAACCGUUUCCUUUUUAUUUAUUUUAACAAUACAUACCCAUGUAUUAUGGAGGAUUCUUUGUGCUAAAAUUAAAUAAAUAAAUACAUCAUUAAUUUAUUAAAAUGGGAAUGAAAUAUAUCAUUAAUUAAUUAAAUGUGUAAUUAAUUAAUUAAAAUUAGAAUGAAAUAUGUCAUUAAUUAAUUAAAAUACAAUUCAUUUUAAGUAAAAAUAUAUAUUUAUUAUUUCAGCAUUUAAUUAAUUAAUGACACAUUUAAUUAAUGACACAUUUAAUUAAUGAUUUUGUGUUGCUGAAUCAUGAAAUGUAAAUGUAAAACUGUCAGUUUCACUCGUCAAACUCAGUGGGCGGAUUCCAAACACCUCAUUGGUUCCCCUGCACAUCAAGUCAAGAUGGGAAAGUGCAGAAAUAACUCCAACGACUUCGAGCAGUUCAUCUGCUUUACACGCUACAUGCUCGGGGUCAGCAGAUCCUGCUUCCACAUACUCUGCAAGGUCGAAGAUAUUGCUCACCAACUCUCUACAAAGUUCACGAAAAUCCUCCAAACUCACAGCUGUCAUGUUUAGAAAGUCCAAGGCAGCGGAUUCCACUAGAUUUGCGUUAGCUCCGCCCACUGAGUUUGACGAGUGAAAUUGACAGUUUUACAUUUACAUUUCAUGAUUCAGCAACACGAAAUCAUUAAUUAAAUGUGUCAUUAAUUAAUUAAAUGCUGAAAUAAUAAAUAUAUAUUUUUACUUAAGAAUUGUAUUUUAAUUAAUUAAUGACAUAUUUCAUUCUAAUUUUAAUUAAUUAAUGACACAUUUAAUUAAUUAUAUAUUUCAUUCCCAUUUUAAUUAAUUAAUGAUGUAUUUAUUUAUUUAAUUUUGGCACAAAAAAUCCUCCAUACUGUAUUGCCUUUUGCAGACCAUUAUUUAAAAUUUUGCCUCCUUUCUAAAUCAAUAUUUUCACCAUUACUUUUUAUCUUCCCUGAUGGCAAUAUGAAAUAUGACUGCUUCAAAUAUCUGCCUUAAGAAAUGUAUUUUCUAUCACUCAUGGCUUAUUGUAGAAGCCGUAGAUAAAACAUGGCAGCCCUAUUCAACUCUUCUGUUUAAGGGCUGAUGCUCCUGCAUGACACUAAUGUGAAACAGAGUACUUUAACAUAUAUGCAGGUAUCCUACAGUAUAAUUCUCUUUCACACGUUUACUUUGCUCUGUAUUUCUGUGGUUUGAUGGGACCCCUGUAAUGUAAACUAAUAUACACAUUUCUCUGUGAUACUAAGCGUUCAUCCUUUUUCAACUCUGUAGAUCAGCUUUGAGCCAAACCAUCAAAUACAGGCUCCCUUCAUGUUUGGCAACAUAGUUCCAAAUAAUUUUUUAAAUGCUCCGUAGAACUGUCCUCAAAUGUCAUCUGGUUUGAUCUCAUCUUUUUUUUUUUUUUAGAUGAGGAGGCUGCAGUUUAUGACCAGAACUUUAUUUUCCACACUGAUUUGUGUACAUUAGUUUGUAAAAUAAUUUAUUUUGGGGGAUUUUUUUUAAAUGUUGUAAUGACAGUUUAUAAGCAUGAUAGUCUGUUGUUUUUGCAAUCAUCUUUACAUUUUUAAACAAUGUAAUCUUGCAUGUUGAGUGCAUCACAGAAGAUAAAGCUGAUAUGCCUCCUGAGAACAGUGACCCGUGUCUGUACUUUUACAUCUCAAACACGAACCCAUUCGGUUUCUUGGUUUUAUUUUGUGACUUGCUAAAGAAGUUCAGAUGUCGUGGUUUGAAAUCAUCCAGACGUGAAGUUUACUUAUUUUUUCAUUUGAGUUUUAUCUUAAAAUGAACAUACUUGAAAACAAGUUCAUACAAGUUGUCUGUAAAAAUAAAACUCUUAUCUGGAUACAAAGUUGGAACAAGUAUCUUCAGUAAUGCUGGUUGGUGUUGAUGGAAUAAAAAGUGGAUAUAUCAGCUUCAAUGUGGAGGGAUCACGGGAAGCUGAGCUAAAUGAUUAAAAUGUUUAUCACAGUUACAUUCAUUUAAAAACACAAUAUUUGGUCAAAUGCAGGAUGGCUGUGAUCAACUAUAGACAUGCAUACCAGUCCAGUGGUUCUCAACGUGGAAGUACAAACCUUUAUCAGGACAUGACCUUGAGAUGAAAAGUUGAAUAUUUUAGAUAAAGGGGGAUUGUUUCUGAAUCUCUCACACUGGCGAUUUUGCGAGCAUAGUAUUAUGCUUAACCAUGACACUGUAGAAAGUUUCACAAACCCAUCUACAUUUAAUGCUAUUGUUUUUCAUAAAAGUAUUCCAGCUAACAAUUCAGUCCAUCAGCAGGUAUCCUGAGUUGGGUUCACCUGAAAGUCCACCAGUAGCAGCCGAUUCCUUCCUGCAAUGAGGAUCCACGGAUGCAGACCAUUUAAACUUUAAAGAUAAGACAAUGUUCAAAUCUAUAACCAAUCCAGUCGAGGGCAGCGGAGGGUUCAUUAUAAAAACAAGUUGAAUGAUUUUGAUCAGGUUCUUCUCUGUUUCGGCACUAUGGGCAGCGUUUCUUGAUCGAUGUUUUACCUUUGUGUCUGUGAAGCGUCUUUGAGAUCUUUUAAAAGCGCUCUCUAAAUAAAAUGUAUUAUUAUUAUAAUUCCUGUAUUCCAGGCCUUCAUCAGUUGAAAACCUUUGGCACAUUGUGAGAUGAAGAAUAAUACAAAAUAAAAUAAGAUUAAACAUUAAAAACUCGAUUGUUG